AGUGUAUAACUCUUACACCUAGACUGAACUGGAUAUGCUUUUUUAUAAUAGGCAUUGGGGGUUGAGGGGUGAGUUUCAACACUAGUAAUAACGUUUGUGAGAUGAACUUGAUUAGUAGAAGUUGAUCACUUCUUGACUUGAAUGAAGAUGAUAAACUAAUCUGAGGCCAUGCAAUAAAUGGCCCAGAUUAUUCUUCGUCAGCAUGGUUACCUGGUAAUGAAUCCUUGUGGCAGGCCACAACUGUUCCAUCUCACCAUCGAAGUAACCACACCAGGAGACAUAGCAUAGCUUCCGACAGUGGAGACACUGGCAUUGGCACAUCCUGUUCUGACAGUGUGGAAGAUCAUUCAACUUCAAGUGGCACGUUGUCUUUUAAGCCUAGCUGGUCACUGGUUACUCUUCCAACUGCCCAUGUCAUGCCGUCUAACUCCAGUGCUUCAGUUUCCAAAUGUGGAGAAUCAUUGGCCUCAGAUGGCUCAAAAUGGAGUAAAAGCCUUAUGCAAACACUGGGAAACCACUGCAGAGGGGAACAGGACUCAUCACUCGACAUGAAGGACUUCAGGCCCCUCCGGAAAUGGUCGUCUCUAUCCAAACUCACUGCCCCGGAUAACUACAGCCAGGUUGACACUGUGCGCACAGAUGGGUCAAGAAGUGGGUUGGACAAAACAGGGAGAAUCAAAGCUUUAACACCACAGCUGAAAUCACUUGGGCCGACUUUACACGACAGUAUGGAGCUGCUUAAGCUAGACGACAAGGAAAUAAAUAAAAAACGAUCCUCAACACUUGACUGCAAAUAUAAAUUUGAGAGCUGUAGCAAGGAGGAAUUUAGAGCUGCGUCUUCUGUUCUUAGGAGACAGACUUUAGACAUGACUUUUAGUGCCUUACCUGAAAGCAAGCCUACUAUAACAAGCUCCGAGACUUUUGACCCUCCCAGAUAUUUAAUGCUUGGUCAGCAGGCAGUAGGUGGAGUUCCCAUUCAGCCUUCUGUGAGAACACAGAUGUGGCUUACAGAGCAGUUGCGGACAAACCCUUUGGGGGGCAGAACUACAGAGGACUCUUACAGUUUAUCUCCUUGGCAACAGCAGCAGAUUGAAGAGUUUCAGCAGGAAAGUGAAACACCAGUGCAGGUUUUGACGGGAUCAUCUCAUCAAUGCUAUUCACCUAGUUAUCAGGAUUUAAGUAAGUGGGAAUCUGUGCUGAAAAUAAAAGAAGGACUAUUAAGGCAAAAAGAAAUCGUCAUCGACCGGCAGAAGCAACAAAUCACACACCUACAUGAGAGGAUAAGAGAUAAUGAAUUACGGGCACAGCAUGUCAUGUUAGGACAUUAUGCAAAUUGUGAGGAUUCUUAUGUGACUAGUUUACAGCAGCCACACUAUGAGAAUGCUUCACUCCAGGCUCCAUUUUCAGAUCCAUCUGUGGAUCCUCAGUCCCAGCAAGACCUUGAACAAAAGCUCGCAUCUACUGAGAAAGAGGUUCUACAACUCAAUCAGUUUCUCAAAGAAAGAAUAAACCUAUUUAGUGAAGAGAAAAAGAAACUGGAGGAGAAGCUUAAAACUCGAGACAGGUAUAUCAAUAGCCUGAAAAAGAAAUGCCAAAAGGAAUCUGAACUGAACAAAGAAAAACAGAGAAGAAUUGAGACCUUGGAAAAGUAUCUUGCUGACCUUCCUACCCUAGAUGAUGUACAGAGCCAGAGUCUACAGCUGCAGGUCCUAGAAGAAAAGAAUAAAAAUCUGCAAGAGACUUUGAUAGAUAUGGAAAAGAAGUUCGAAGAGAUCAAAAUACAGUGUCAAGAAAAAGAGGCACAGCUAAUAUGCCAGAAAAAGAAAGAAAAGGAGUUGGUCACUACAGUUCAGAGUUUGCAACAAAAAGUAGAAAGAUGUCUGGAAGACGGAAUUCGCCUACCCAUGUUAGAUGCGAAACAGCUUCAGAAUGAAAAUGAUAAUUUGAGAGAACAAAAUGAGAAUGCUAGUAAGAUAAUAAAUAGCCAACAAGAUGAGAUUGACAGAAUGAUUUUAGAAAUUCAGUCUAUGCAAGGGAAACUUUCUAAAGAAAAAUCUACCACUCAAAAGAUAAUGGAUGAACUGGAAAAGAAAGACAGAAACCUACAGAGACUAACAAAAACAUUGCUUGACAACCAAAGACAAACAGAAGAGGCAUGUUCUUUAUUGGAUCAGGACCAGGGAGCUGACCAGCCCAGGCAGCAGACCUUUCUUUCCAAAUGGCCACUAUUUGAUUUGAGUGUGAUUGAUCAGCUGUUCAAGGAAAUGUCUUACUGUUUGCUGGACUUGAAAGCAUUGUGUAGUAUUCUUAAUCAGCGUGCUCAGGGCAAGGAACCGAACCUCUCAUUAUUACUUGGAAUCCGAUCUAUGAGCUGUUCAGCUGAAGAGACUGAAAGUGACCACAGCCCAGAAACACUUACUAAAAAACUUUCAGAUGUAUGCCAGUUACGAAGGGACAUCGAUGAGUUAAGGACUACCAUAUCAGACCGCUAUGCUCAGGACAUGGGAGACAACUGCAUUACGCAAUGAGCAAGUGUUGGUCUUACAACAAUAAUGACCUGUUGUUAAAUGCUGCUGUGUGACAACAGUUCCUCAGUGUUUGGUUUUAGGAGCCAUAAUGGGAAGUUGCAAGUAACAUGCUACUUGCACAUAGGUGGUUUUUUGUUUGUUUGUUUGUUUGUUUUUGCUUUUCUGUGGAUUUGUUUUACUGGGUGGGGGUAGGGAGAUGUGAGAAUAUCUUAUCUAAUCAGGCCAAAAAUUGAAUUACUAUUUGAACAAUCUGAUAAAGUCUUUAAGGAAAAAAAAAAAAUUUAUGUUUUCAUUAACUACUGAUUGUAGGACCAAGCUGUGAAAAGUGCCCUUCUGAUAAAGGGAUGGAAUUCUCUUAAUUCUGUUUUUGUGGAUUUAUGUGGGCAUAUGUGUGCUUGAGUCAUAGAAUUAUAAGGAUCUCUAUGGUCAAAGCAAAGCUUCUGAGAGAGACACACAUUGUUAAUUCAUAUAUUUCUUUUCUUUCAUGUAGAGUCUGUUUUAUACUUUGGGGUUCUCAAAGGCUGGCUGAACAAGAUUUCUAAAUGUCUAAAAGUUCUAAGGCAAGUGUUCUAGUAGUAGUACCGCAGGCAAAGUGAUGAGGUUAGAUUGGGUGCAUUUUAAUUCUAUAAUUAUGUCAGCUAUUUUUCCAGAGUGAUCAUAAAUUGCCUUGGAGAUAGGGAAUUGUCAUGAGCUGACCUUUUUCACUAUCAUUAUGAUUUAUAUAGUACAAUGCAACUUAACAUAAUUUGAAUAGUAACAUCCAUUACAGUUUGAAAAUUCUUAUUUGUAUAUUUUAAUAUAACAAUGUAAGCAAGGUCAUUUAUAACUAAUACAAAAGUUCUAAAAACUGAGAUCACUAUAGUAAAAGAAAGAUCAUUAAAGUGACUCUGGAACAAUAGUUAAUUCAAAUAGCAAGUUUGCAUUUUAAUAAUUUCAUAUCUGUUUUAAAGUUGAGACUACUUUAAGAAAAAGCCAUCUAACUUAUUUAUGUCUAAAUCGUUACUGACAAAACCUAGGUUUUAUCAGUAGUUAUAUUUCAAUUCCUUUGAUGAGGAAAAGUACAUUAAAAAUAGGGUUUUUCAUAGAAUAGGGUAUGUGAUCAGAAUGACUUUUUUUUUCUUUGGCAUACCAGAUAUCACUAUGUUAUGCCACUGAUUUUUUAAAAAUAGACAUGAGCAUGUAAACUUCCAAAUGAUUAUUUCCCUGUUUUAGGUAGAAGGGACUAUAUUAGUUUAAUGUUGGAUGUUAUAUUCUUUUGCUACAACCUAGUGUGGCAACCACUGUCCUUUGCAGGUUGGUUUGAAUUCUUAAUGAGACCAGGUAUUUAGAUUAAGAUUUAAGUAAAGACGUAGAAGGAACAUGGGGAGUAAGUCAAACAGGAUAAUACUACUUUGGAUAAGAACAGAUCACAAUUCUGUUUUCUUUCCAGGCUUAUAUUGAUAUAAAGAAUUAGCCAAGAAAAUAAUGUCUUAGAUAUUCUUAUCAGUAAAGACAUACGCAAGAUAAGGCCUUCAUGGAAAAUACUCAGGAAGAUAGUCACUUCAGAAUUUGGCUUUUAUAUAGAUCAAAUUACAUUUUUCUGCAUUUCAAUGAUUGGUUAUAAUACAGUAUAGGAAUCAGAUUUUCUUUUUUAACCCCUCUUCUUAGCUUAUUGUUAUUCUGCAUCUCAAGGUUCCUAGUCUAACAAGGAGGGCCAGGCCUUAGUCACUGGUAAGAACUUGACUUUCUAGCAUUCACUUGUUUUUUUAAUGCUAGUGGUUUGAAAACAAUCAGGGAGUAGUAGGUUUCUACCAAAUAUCUGAUGCAAAUCAUUCUGCCUUGUAAAAAUUAGUAUUUGUGGAUAGUCCUUUAUAGUAGAUAGCAGCGUCUAAAACAGACCAUAAAUGCAGCACAUGUUUUUAUAUUCUCUUUGAAUCAUAUCCCCUCCCUGCAUCCUCAAGCUCCAUGAUCUCUGAAAUAAAAGAGCCCUAAAACGAUAGUUCUUAGGAGCAAAGAAUCACUAAUUUGGGUCACUACAUACUUUCCUAAAUGUUUCCUAGGUUUUUUUUUAGUUUAUAUUUUGGAAUUUUAUAAUUGUUUUGAAUAAAUACUGGGUUAUAUUAAACUAUUGUAGACACAUUUUUUAAUUAGGUGAGUUUUAAUUUUCAGAGUAAGUUUUUUUUAACUUCAUUAACAAUCUUGAGAUGAAAUUGCUGAACAUAGUAAAAAAUUAAUAAACUUCUUCUGCUGUAUUUGUUACCAAAAUGUAUACUCUCUCUAGAAGAGGGGAAUUCAAAUGUGAUCAUUUCAACAUAACCUUGAGUUACCAAAUGUAAUUACUUUUGAGUUUUAGGUAUGCCUAAAAGCAGGUAGUAAGUAGGUAGUCUGGGGAAAAACUUUGGAGGAAAUGAAGUUUGCAGUAAUCUAUUUUUCAGUAUUUAAUUUCAAUUUUAAUUUUUCAGAAAUCUCCUCUCUCCCAAGACCAACCUUUUGUGUUAGAACAGUAACAGUAUCGUCAUCUCAUUGGAAACAAAGAUUUUACCAUGAAGUAGGAUGGAUAAGUAUAAACAUAGUCUUAUCCUAGUCUCAGAAGUCAUCAUAGUGAUAUGUCUGAGAUUAAAAAAAAAAUCACCUAACUUUUAAAGUCAAUCUAUUGAAAAUUUCCUUAGCUGUGAAAAUUCUUUUUAAUUAUACUCCUUUCUUAUUAAACACCUAUCUUAGAAAGUGUCUGACAUUUACUACUAGUCUUUGGGGUUUUGAAAUUGAACCUACUGCCUCAGUCAUAUCAAAGCAGGAAAAGAAUAACAAUGAUCUCAAUAUAAAGUCCAAAUAACCCAUAUAGGUAAAAAUUAAUGGAGUCAAGGCCAUAGUUGUCUUUUCACUUCAUAUCAGGAAAAUAGAGACAGAAUGACUUUUAAAUGUAAGUUUUCAGUGACCUCUACUUUGUGUUGACUAUGUAAGACAUGCUUUAAUUUAUUUUAAAGUAAGUGUAGCCCCUCUCUUUUUUUUAGUUUGAAAAUAGGAUUCAAUAUUUGAUGUAAUUGCAUUAUAUUUUAGUGGAAUUUAUUUUAUAACAACCUAUUAAACUGAAUUAAACUUCUUCAUUAAUUUGUUAGAGACUGUCUCAAGGGCUGGAAAGUGUUUCUAAAAUGAGAAUUUUACAUUUCUAUCUUACUAAAGAAUUUAUAAAUUAAUUUGUCCUAGCCCAAGACAUAGUAAUAGGAAGCUUUUAGAAGAUAUUCUUAAAAGGAACUAUUUUGUUGGGAGAAUGUUCUUUCAACAUUAGUAAUAGUUUAUUAAACAGUAGAGUAGCUGAGAAUUUAGACUGUCUUUAGAUUGCAUAGUUUAGCUCAGGCAUAUCUUUAGUUUCUGUUAUUAGCAUUCUCUUAUAUAGAUUUCUGUCACUGUAAAUAUGUAAUUAUGAUAAGCAAUUUUCACAACCAUGCUCAUUCAAAUCAUUCUCAUUUGAAGCUGCCAGUGGCUGUGGAGCCAACGUUAAACUCAUUUAAUUUUUUGUCUUGAGAUUAAAAAUAAUUUUUUUGAUUUAACAAAGUUCUUAUCUGGUUUCUAUAAAACUAAAAUUUCAGACUGUACCCCAUAAGCCCUCUUGGCCUAUUGCUGUAUGAUACUAUGCAUGUAGUCAUGAAGAGGGAAAGAUGGUAGACUUUGGGAUACUUUUCUUAUUUAUACUCUGUACUGAGUAUAUAUAGAAUAUAGUUUCAAAUCAAUAAGUCAUUAACAUCACUAUUACAAUCACACAGAAAGAACCUUUUGUGCCUUUUUUGCCUGCAGUAAGCAUUUGUUUCUAUUGUACACUUGCUAUAAGAAUGAUGAUUCUUGCACCUUGUUUUUUUCUGUAAAUAGAUCUGAUUAAGGGUUUAUUUUUAACAAGCAGCAGUUUUCAUUACUAGGUAAUAACCUUAGUAAAAACGAGAAGGAAGUACUAGAUAUAUGUCUUCAGAGCCCAGACUUUCCUGUACAGUAAACAGAAAACUCUUUGGAAUGUAAUCAUUUGUGUGUAUAGAUAUGUGUGUAUAUAAAUGUGUAUAAAUAGUUAUUUAAGUAUAUAACUGUAAAAUUCAGCGUCACAUUGGUGUGAUGAAAAGCAGUAGUAAGGUGCUAGGUGGUUGUAUUAAAAAGCACAGCAGAGAGUAUAUAAUCAGUCACUGUGACUGGUGUUUUUGGUAAACUAGGUUCAGUUUUUGAACCACCCAGAAUACCUCAUCUGUAAAUACAGUGGUCAUGACUUAAUUGAAAUACAGUUAUUGUGAAAAAGAAUGUGAAGCCACUGGUUGGCUUAUGCCUUCUGAUUCUUGCCUCUUGAUUCUAACAAUUCUUGCCUCUUUUUUUUAUAAAGGGGUUGCUUUUUGUUUUUAAAUAGGGUUUACAGCUAGAAUUUUGAAUGCCAAAGCUCUAUUUAUUUAAAAAAAAAUUUUUAAGUUUUCAAUGUUAACGGCUAAGUAUUUUUCCACUGGACUAUUGUUUGUUGAUGUUGGAAUUUGUAUUUACAGAGAAAUAAAUUUUUUAAUAAAAUGA